AUGUCCAGUCCCGAGGCCGACGAGGUACUCUAUGCAUACAUCGCAGUCGCCGAUCAUGCAGUCAGCCUAGUACUGAUCCGAGAGGACAACGGCACGCAGCGGCCCGUGUACUACGUAAGCAAGUCGCUACAGGAGGCAGAGACCCGCGCCGACUACACUGGGAGAAUCGCUAAGUGGGGAACUAUCUUAAGCGCCUUUGACAUCAGAUAUAUGCCGCGCACCGCCAUCAAAGGUCAAGUCCUCGCUGAUCUGGUAGCUGAAUUUGCGGAGCCGACCGUGGAAGGGGUGGACGUGUCGGAAUCACCGAAUAAUGAUAGGAGACUGGUCAGCACGAUUUCUGUGCAAGAGCACAAUGAGUGGAGAGCGUACAUUGAUGGUGCAGCGAACCAAAAGGGGUCCGGAGUGGGGCUCGUUCUAAUCUCUCCCGAAGGUAUAACCCUGGAGAAGUCGUUGAGACUGGGAUUCCCAGCAACGAAUAACGAAGCUGAGUAUGAAGCACUGCUAGAAGGGAUGUCUAUGAUCCGAAAGCUGGGUGGGAAAUGCGCAAGCAUAUUUUCGGAUUCAAGACUCGUAGUGGGGCAAGUAAGCGGGGAAUUGGAGGCAAAAGACGAAAGAAUGCAACGGUAUCUUGCCCAAGCUAAACGCCUACGCGCCCACUUCGAUGACUUCCGCUUGAUGCAUAUACCCAGAAGCGGGAAUACUCACGCCGAUUCUUUGGCAACACUGGCCACAUCCUCGGCUCAGCCCCUUCCGCGGGUUAUCUUGGUCGAGGACCUCUGCCGCCCCACGGAAGAGGAGGCUAAAGGUAUUCGGAUACACAAUGUCGGCGAGGGGCCAAGCUGGAUGGACCCUCUUGUCCAAUUCUUGAAGAAUGAUUCCUUACCAAACGACAAAGUCGAGGCCGACAAAAUCCGGAGGAGAGCUUCUCGAUUCUGGUUGUCCGAGGACUCCAAGCUCUACAGACGUUCAUUCUCGGGGCCAUACUUGCUGUGUGUACACCCAGGCGCAACUGAACUCAUUAUGGAGGAGUUGCACGAGGGGAUUUGUGGGAGCCAUACGGGGGGCCGAUCCCUCUCCCACAGGGCGAUGACGCUGGGUUACUGGUGGCCAAGCAUGCAUAAGGAAGCUCUGGAAUAUGUGAAGAAGUGUGACCAAUGCCAACGGUUCGCUCCGAACAUACAUCAGCCCGGUGGGGUACUUAACCCAUUGUCCAGCCCUUGGCCAUUUGCACAAUGGGGCCUAGACAUAUUAGGUCCGUUUCCCAAAGCUGCCGGGAACAAGAAGUUUCUUCUCGUCGGCACCGACUACUUUACGAAAUGGGUUGAGGCUGAGGCGCUGGCAAACAUUAGGGAUGUACUCUACACCAGCCUACCCGCAGGGUAA